CCGAUUUAAAUGAACCAUUCAUUCGCGAAUCGGACAAUCAUCACUCCGAUCACUCUGAACACGCGACUCUCACUUUGGACAAGUUUACUCAUGCCUAGCCGUGUAAAUGCUUAAGGAACACCUCAGAAACUUUCUCCAGUAUGAAACAUCUGCUUAAUGAACGGAUCUGCGCUUUAUUCCGCAGUAACUGGCAGCAUACUUUCACAUACUGGAGUGUGUUCUUCAGUUUUGGACUCUGUGUCGCUUUUCUGGGUCCGACCAUUCUGGACCUGAGAUGUCAGACUCAGUCCACCCUACAGGAGAUCACUCUGGUCUUCUUCUCACAACAGUUUUUCCUCUUUAUUGGAAGCACCAUUGGUGGUUUCUUCAGUAAGACGCUUGUGAGUUCUUUGUCAGCUUUGGCUUUGUCCACCCUCAUCAUCUCUGUGGUUUUUGCCAUCAUCCCACUAUGCCAUAAGCUGCUCCUGUUGGCGUUUGCCUUGGCGGUCUCCGGUCUUGCCAUGGGCAUCAUUGACACCAUAUCCAAUCUACAACUGGUCAAGAUCUACCAGAAAGACUCCACUGUUUUUCUGCAGGCUCUUCACUUCUUUGUAGGUCUCGGGGCGUUAGUGAGUCCCCUCAUCGCUGACCCCUUCCUGUCUGAGACCAGCUGUGUGAUUGGGAACAGCAGCGCCAAUGCAACAUCGUUAACGCAUCUGAGGAACAAGCUCACAGGCAGAUCUGUGCACAACGUUUCCAGUGUCCCCCUCCACACCGAGGGAGAGGUGGUGACCAACGUUUCCUACGCGUUCUGGAUCAUGGCCAUCAUCAAUCUUCCAGUACCCAUCGCGAUAUUCAUCCUGAUGUAUCGUGAGCGGUUGUUCACAUGCGGCUCAGACCCCAGUCGACGUUUACUAGAUGGAGAUGUGCUAGCGAUGAAAACCUGGGGAACCACAGGUCUGACAGAAGACGCUGGACAUCAGAAAGAGACUUCCAGAAGCCAUAUAAACUUGUUCAGCUGCUGUCUCCUUGGCAACGCGCACGGCUUUCCGUCGUCUUUCUUUGGGAUCCAUAUCCUUGGGGGUCUGGUGCUCUUCUUUUCUGACGGUAUAGUGGGCUCAUACACAGGCUUUGUGUACACAUACGCAGUGGAGCCCCCUAUGAAUCUACCUCACAAGACCGCCGGCUACUUGACGUGCGUCUUCUGGGCGGCUAUUACCGCCGGCCGCCUGUCCGCCAUACCUCUGUCUUACUACUUUAAACCUGUCCGAUUGCUCGUCGUCAAUCAGGUGGGUGUGAUAGUCACACUACUUCUGCUGCUGAUCUUCUCCAACAGUAGUGUGUUCCUCUUCGUCGGCACCUGCUGUCUCGGCCUAUUUAUAAGCAGCAUUUUCCCCUGCAUGCUAGCGCUCACUGAAGACAUCCUGGAGUACAAAGGUUGUGCCACCACGGUCCUGGUGACCAGUGCAGGGAUGGGGGAGAUGUUACUCCAGGUGCUCGUGGGUUCGGUGAUGCACAAUAAAGGUAGCUUCAGCUUCCUGUUGUGCGGAAUGAUCUUCAGCUGCCUCGGAUUCACGUUCUUCAUUUUGCUGUUCUUCGUCCAGCAAAAUCACAAAAACUUCACAGAAGUUUUACCCAAUAACUCCUGUACGGAAAGACUUGAGCAAAAUGGGAUCAAGACCUGUUCUGCUGCGGUGCUGAACUCAUGGGAUGUGUCAGAGCAGAAAGCAUCCAUCGAUCCAUAACAACAGAGAUGAUGGAUGAAAAUAACGACAGGAGCAAAGGGACAGUGGUGUCGUUGACUCAGGGACAUUCUCAUCGCUAAUGGGACAGAACCAACUUAUCCAACAAUCGUGCAAAUCAAAAAAAAAGUGUUAAAAGAUCUUGAACUAAAGGUUUAUUUUUGUAUUUAAAUAUUUUUGAUGAAUUGAUCUUGUGUAUAAAUGUCAGUCUAAUCAUGCUUGAUGGCUGCAAUGUCAUUUGAAUGAAUGAAUGAAUGAAUGAAUGAAUGAGGCAUUUAUAUAGCGCUUUCAUAUGUACUACUGUGCACCCAAAGCGCUUUACAAGCAUGAUUGAUAAGGGCCAAUGGAGGGAAUUUGGCCAGGACACCGGGGUUACACCCCUACUCUUUACGAGAAGUGCCAUGGGAUUUUUAAUGACCACAGAGAGUCAGGACCUCCAUUUGAUAUGUGCAAUACAAUAAUAUAGGUACGUUGUUUUUCUUUACAAAGUGACAUUGCCAACUGCUGGCUUGUCAGCAGAAAACAGCAAUUUUAAUCGUUUUUGUGGAUCCGUAUGAACGGGGAUCGUUUUGGCAAUGUUGUCGUCUGUACACAACUUUUCAGUUUUUAAUAUAUCAUUGUCAUGUAAAAAUACCCUAAGACAGCCAUAAGUAUUUAGUAUUAUGCAAUUAUGACAAAGCGCUUUACAAGCAUGAUUGAUAAGGGCCAAUGGAGGGAAUUUGGCCAGGACACCGGGGUUACACCCCUACUCUUUACGAGAAGUGCCAUGGGAUUUUUAAUGACCACAGAGAGUCAGGACCUCCAUUUGAUAUGUGCAAUACAAUAACUUUUCUUUUUUUUGAUAUGUGCAAUACAAUAACUUUUCUAACAAGAAAUUUCGUAGUGUUUAUUGUUAGAAACACACUGACCAAUCAGAAGAUGGACUCUAAAGUAACAAUAUAAAAAUACAGCAUUCAAAUCCUACUGACGAUCAGUCUUGUUCACAGAUCAGUUGCCUAUUUGUUCUCUGCCAAAGCCGAUGUGCUCGUAACACAUUUGUGGUGAAGAGAUUAAGGUCAAAAAAGGACAUCCUAUGGUCUUCCUGGAAAAGUUUCCUUGUAUUGUGUUGUACGGCUUCAGGUCUGACGGUAUCUCUAAAGCCAGUGACCUCAGCGUUCAGGUGGGCGAACCCGAUUGUGAGAGGUUGCCGUGUCAGCGUGUUUCUCUUGGCCUGGGUAAAAUUUUAUUUGUUUUUUCUGGUUUACGCAGGUGUCAAACAUGCUAACGUUAACACAAUUACUGCAUAAACGAGGUCAGCUUUCUGCAGCUGUAUUUGAUGAAGACACAAGCCAAAAGAGUUAUACAUUUGUUUGUUUUUUUAUAGAAAUCUUCCUUCCCUUCCAACAUCCACAGAUUAGUACAACAGGUACGCCAAUGAACAUAGAUUUGUAAACAUUUGAGCUGCUAGAGAGACAAUCUGAAAAUACAUUUGCCCAAAAAAUACUGAAAACAUUUGGUGUCGAUAUUGUACAAUUACAGUAAAAAUUUCACACUUUUGAUUAUUACAUCCUUUUUUCCCACAUUAUUUUGCUCAUGAGAAACAAAAUGUUGUUCCAAAUACAGUGCAGUCAUGACAUGUCAACAAUUAGAGGAUGAGAAAAUCUGAUUCUGUUACAGGGCAGUGUCUUAAAGUUUAACAUUGGCACUUUCCACGAAUAGGGUACAAACUAAGAAUCUAAAAGAAGGUGUUUCUGGAGAAAAACCUACAGAAAAAGAGUUUGUCCACCUCAGAAGGAUAUUUAAGACAUUGAAGACAUUAUUAUAUGUGGUUUAAUUUUCUAUUGUACAUGGUGUUUCCCUUUUUUCCCCAUUAUCAGAAUUUGGAAAAUGUCUGAAUAAGGAUUAAAACCAAAGGAUAGAUUCUUUGGACCAUAUGUUGGUUUGUAGUCAAUGAGAAAAAUGUGUCAUAUAAAUAAAAUAAAAAAAUGGGAAUGAGA